UAUGAGUGGACUCAACAUUCUCAAGAUGGCGCUGCGCAGUCAGGAGGCUGGCAGGAACGCGCUUCGUUUUGAAGACGAUGACCUGGCUACCCAUUCAUCACUUGAGCAGGAAAAGGUGGAGGAGUCUGUAGAGCAGCUGUACUCAAACUUCCAUCGGAGGUCAGAUGGGGAUGCUGACCCUGUUCUACACAGGGAGAAACACCUGGCUUACCUGAAGAAAGGCCUCCGACACCUGUCAGAUGUGUACGAGUGCCUGGAUGCCAGCCGACCGUGGUUGUGUUACUGGAUCGUCCAUGGUCUGGAACUGUUAGAGGAACCCAUCCCAGAAGAAACAGUCUCAGAGAUUGCACAGUUCCUGUCAGCGUGCCAACAUCCAAACGGUGGGUUUGGAGGUGGCCCAGGACAGCUGGCACACCUGGCUCCUACAUACGCAGCUGUCAAUGCCCUGUGCAUCCUGGGUACAGAGGAGGCGUAUAACGUGAUUGACAGACCCAAACUGCAGAGGUUCCUCCUGCGCACCAAGAGACCAGACGGUGCAUGGAUCAUGCAUGAAGGAGGGGAGGAGGAUGUCAGGGGUGCGUACUGUGCAGCCUCUGCCGCCACCUUAACUAACAUCAUCACACCUGAGAUGUUUGAGGGAACACCUGAGUGGAUAGUCAGAUGUCAGACCUAUGAAGGUGGUAUAGCCGGGGUACCAGAGAUGGAGGCACACGGUGGUUACACGUUCUGUGGGUACGCAGCUUUGGUCAUGCUGGGCAGGGAGAGACUCAUAGACACCAAGAGCUUAUUGAGAUGGACUGUCAACAGACAAAUGAGAUUAGAAGGUGGUUUCCAGGGCCGGACCAACAAGCUAGUCGAUGGCUGCUACUCCUUCUGGCAGGGCGGGACCCUCCCACUGCUACACAGGGUCCUCAUGAUGGAGGGUGAUGAAGCCCUCAGUAAAGAAUCCUGGAUGUUCCAUCAAGGUGCCUUACAGGAGUACGUCCUUAUCUGCUGCCAGUUUAUCUCAGGGGGACUCAUAGACAAGCCUGGCAAGGCCAGGGACUUCUACCACACAUGUUACUGCCUGAGUGGCCUGUCUAUAGCUCAACACUUCAUAGGAGGGAAAUACAACCAUAGUCAUGUCCUGGGUCCUGCUCGCAAUGAACUGCGUGCCACCCACCCUGUAUACAACAUCAGUCCAGAAGCCGUGGUCCAGGCCAACUCAUACUUUGGUGUUCUCCCUGUCCCAUCACCAAACGCCACCUCCUGAGAGACAGGGGAACUGCAGAUGUAG